AUGGCAGCUCCCUCCCCGUGCACCGUUAAGCUGAACACAAAUGGCUCCUUUCAUGAGGAUCGUCGACGCAUGGGCUAUGGCGGGGUGGUGAGGAAAUCCUCGGGCAACUGGGUUACAAGAUUCCUGGCUGGUGCUAGUGGUGGUGAUGCUUUAAUGGCAGAACUGUUAGCUCUUAGAUAUGGACUCCAGUUAGUUUGGGAGAGUGGUAUGCGGGUUGUUAUGUGUGAAAUUGACUGCUUGGAAAUUAUUGAUACGCUGCAAGGGGAUCGGAUAGAUUUUCAUGAGCUCGCUGCUGAGUUUGUUGAGGUCAGGAGUUUGCUGCAGCAAGAUUGGGAGGUCCAGCUCUUGCACAUUCCGAGAAGUGCAAAUGAUGUUGCAGAUUGUCUUGCCGGAUUAGGGGCUACUCCCCAGUGCGCGUUGCUUCAUUUGGAUACUCCACCUAUGGAGGUGGAUCCCAUCUUGGCUAGGGAUUUCUUAGCCUUGUAG